GUAUAAGCCAAUAAGUGAGCCAUAUAUAUGUGAAUUUUGAGAAGGAAGCGACAGAGAAAACCAGUUAAUAAUUGAGUUUUGAUCAGUCAAGAUCUAUCUAUCAUCAAACUGUAAGUGUAGACGUGCACAAAGCUGCAUGGCAAAUCUAAACCCACAGGCACUGUACAGGAAUCAUUAACUGCUGCAGGACAAAGCCAUUUGGUUCGAUGCUGGGAGCAAAAGAGAAGACAAAUUGUAUUCCCUUUGCGUCUACUAGUAUGUACCAUAGGAAAAGAAUCACCUCUGCUCAUCAUGGAAACAACAUGGUCAUCAACUGAAGGAGUAACUGUCACUGCUAACGCAACAGGAGACAAUAUUGAAAAUGAACUGGAACCAAAAACAUUGGUGAUUUUGGUAGCGGUUUUGGCAGUACUUGCAAUCAUUCUGUGCGUCUUACUGAAUCCACUGAUGCUUCUCACCUUACGUCGUGUCACCAGCAUCCAGCCAACAACCAAAAUAUUCAUGGCUUCUCUCACCCUGUCUGAUCUGUGCAACAGUGUUUGCUGGAUCUUUGCUUCAACAGAAUUGUUUGCUGGAUCUUGGUUGCUGGGGGAUUUUCUCUGUGUGGUAAGCGGUGUGACUAUAUACUUAUUUAACGGGCUGGUUAUUUAUUCUCUUCUUCUUCUGACUGUGGAUCGUUAUAUUGCAAUUUCCCAUCCACUACGUUACCCUUCAAUCAUGACUGUGUUCAGAUCAAAGAUAAUUGUAUGCAGCACAUGGGCUGUAACAAUCAUAUCCUGCGUUGUGAUGUAUGGGACAUAUAAAACAUCUACAAUUUCACAAGAUGGUCCUCAUAGACUUUGCCUAGGAGACCCAUAUGAUUGGAGAGGAUAUUUAGUUGUUACAAUAUUAGUUGUUCCACUAGCAGCAAUAUUCACCCUGUAUGCACACAUCGCCAUGAUAGCUCGCAAUCAAGCCCGACGCAUUGCUGCUGAAAACCAAGCGGGCAAUGGUCAAGGUGGGCAGAGAAUAAACACCAGAUCAACCACCACCAUCAUCAUCAUAACAGGGACUGUAAUCAUCACCUGGAUUCCUACACUGAUAAGGUUGGCAAUAGCUUCACACAUCAAAUGGCAGCCUUAUGACCGUUACUUGGCCUAUAUGUUCACACAAGCUCUGAUAUUGUCAAAUGGAUGGCUGAACGUAAUCAUUUACUAUCUGAGAAACAGCGAUCUUCGGCAGGGACUCAGGAGUUUAUUAUCUGACUGGUACAAAAAUCUGAUCCAAAGACUCUAGCCUCAUAACUUUCAGGAGAAAGUCACCAAAUACUAAUGACAGACAUCUAUGCUGCAGAGAUGCUGGCUCUAACUUGGUGACACAAGUUUAUCUAACC